CUGAAGAAUGAGGAACAUUGGGAAAGGAACAAGAAAUCAAGGAAGGUUCCAGUAAUUUAGUUAUAGUGCAUUUUUUUGUAGUAAUAGACAUGAGUUUAAAUUUUAGACAUUAAUUCGCGGGCAUGUUAAAUAUUUUGAAGCAACGUGUGAAUAAUUUUCUAAUCGCUGGACUUUCUAUUAAGUAAAUUAAAGGUAUGCUCGAAGAAAAAGGGAUGAUUGAUAAACCUAACCCCACUUUGAAACUUGCUGGCUUCGGCUAUGAAGAUUAUAUUAGGUCUUGCAAGGAUGAAAAAGAACUUGGAAAAAUGAUUUACAUUCCCAGAGCAAACAAAGAAUGGACUUUUCUGAACAUUGAGGACAAACCUGAUAAUACAUUUUUGGGGUUUAGUUCAAACACACAGCCAAGCCCAACAGAGUCUAUAAAUUCGUUAAAUAGCAUGAACUCCGGUGAUUGGGUGAACAAGCAGGAUGAUGGUGUGUUAUGGAAUAAUGCAAUAUGCAUCAACGAAUUAAAAUUAAAUGAAGGAAACAACAAUAAUGAUGGACCUAUACCUACUGGACAUUCCCUCCGGGACAUGGAAAUGACUAUAAAGAAGGUGGCGGAGAAGAACAAAACUUGCACAGCACAAUAUGAAAAAAGUGACAACACACUACAGGGUAAACUUCAUGCUGACUCAGAAUUGAUGAAGAUGCAAUUAGAAAAAAAAGUACAAGAACAAGAGAAGGUAGAAAAGCAGAAGAGAGAGAGAGAAAGCAUGAGGGAUAAAGAAGAAAAGAAGAGGCAGAUGUGGCAAAUGGAAAUCAAUAGGUUGAAUGCUGUCAUCAAACAUGCAGAACAUCUUUCAGACUCUGAGCGGCAGCUUUUGGCGGAACGAGAAAAAGAAAUUGGUAAUCAAUGUUAUCGCCAGAAAGAAUAUGAUGAUGCCAUAGAAUACUACACGGCAUCAAUCAGGAUAUUUCCAACACCGAAGGCAUUCAAUAAUAGAGCUGCAUGCUACUUGAAACAAUGCAAAUAUGCAGCUGCUUUAGAUGAUGCUAACAAAACUCUAGAAUUGGACCCGUAUAACAUCAAAGCUUUGUUUCGACGAGGAGUUGCUUUGAAUCACAAAAAUGAAUUCAAAAGGGCUCUCGAUGAUAUAAAGGCUGUACUUAUGAAACAGCCCAAACAUGUCCUCGCUCAGCACAUGUAUAGAGAACUGCGUGAGCAGAUUAACUUGUUACCCAAGAGUAUUAGGGUGAUGAAUGAUGACGGGUUCAAUAACCCAAAGAGAGUUGUGGAGUUAAGACCAGAGGAAAUCAUCAAAAUCCGCUUGAACCGAAGGUGCUAUGAGGUCAAUGAACGAAACCUGCCUAGAGUGAUGUGUGAGUGUUCUGGCUCACCAAAAUUCCUUCAUUCCCUGCAAAGAAAGGCCCAUGUGGUGGCCCCUUUCCAAACUCCAGCUCCAUCCAUGCCUAGCACUUCAAGAAUUCUUGAGGCUGUGGAUGAACCUCAAUUAUCCAAGCCACCAACAAAAACUGAGAGAACUGGAUUAGAAAUAACUGAACAUAAUAAUGACUCUUUUAAACCAAAAAAAUGUGCUGUUGUUAGAGAUCGGACUCUGCUAAAACCACCAUGUAAUAAUAAUGAUAUUAGUGACAACCAACUGUCUACACAAUGUACAUCCACCAGAGAAUCUCCACCAAAUUCAGCAAGUACGGAAUCUGCUGGUUACUAUACCGCAGAAGAAGAGGACAUUGAAAAUGUGUCAAAUUAAAAUGAUGCUAAUGAUACAGUACUCUGUUAGAUUUGAACAAUUUUCAUCAUAGGUGCCACAACGGAAAGUUGGAAAAACUACUACUAAGAGAAAAACAUUGUUGUCAUAGUAAAAUUUGUUUCAUGUUCUUUUUUUUAAAGUUAAAACAAAAUUAUUUUUAAUAGUGACACUUAUAAAAUUCCAAUGUAACCCCAUUUUCCUAUAUAUGAAUUGAAUAUACGAUUUUAUGUUUAAAACUACGUUUUUGAUGUUCUACACAUUUCAAGUUGCUGCUUUAAAUAAAAUAAAAUACAAUACUUAGCAGUUUAAUUUGAUUGAAUUUCAUUCUCUAAUAGGAUAGUGAGUAGUUAUGCAUUAUACAGACCACACUUUGUUUAUGUGUUCGUACAAUGUAAAAAUUGGGAAAUAAUAAGAAAAUAGCAGAUUAGUAGUGGAUUUUGUUUGGAUUAAUUUUGUUCAUUUAUUAAAUUAAUGGAGUCUGUGGUUAUGUAUGUUUGAAUGUAUUUAUUACCCUAAAGUAUUGAGUGUGAGAUCAUGAAUUCCUCCCCAUGAAGUAAGUGUGGAUGGUAUAAUGCAUAAGUACCUAAUAAUGUUUAUAGUAUUUGUUUUGUAGUUAUAUUUUUGUUUAAAUUUUGUGACAUAAUUGAAUACGCUUUAUGGUUCCUACUUAUUUUCAUUCUUAUUGAACCAAGUUAUCUAUUAUUACAGUUACACAGUUGUACCCAUUGUACCCAGAGGACAUUGAAAAUGUGUCAAAUUAAAAUAAUGCUAAUGAUACAGUACUCUGUUAGAUUUCAACAAUUUUCAUCAUAGGUGCCACAACGGAAAGUUGGAAAAACUACUACUAAGAGAAAAACAUUAUUGUCAUAUUAAAGUUUGUUUCGUGUUUUUUUUUUUUUUUUUUUAAGUGAAAACAAAAUUAUUUUUAAUAGUGACACUUAUAAAAUUCCAAUGUAACCCCAUUUUCCUAUAUAUUACUUGAUUUUAUGUUUAAAACUAGGUUUUUGAUGUUCUACACAUUUCAAGUUGCUGCUUUAAAUAAAAUAAAAUACAAUACUUGGCAGUUUAAUUUGAUUGAAUUUCAUUCUCUAAUAGGAUAGUGAGUAGUUAUGCAUUAUACAGACCACACUUUGUUUAUGUUUAUGUACAAUGUAAAAAUGAGGAAAUAAUAAGAAAAUAGCAGAUUAGUAGUGGAUUUUGUUUAAAUUAAUUUUGUUCAUUUAUUAAAUUAAUGGAGUCUGUGGUUAUGUAUGUUUGAAUGUAUUUAUUACCCUAAAGUAUUGAGUGUGAGAUCAUGAAUUCCUCCCCAUGAAGUAAGUGUGGAUGGUAUAAUGCAUAAGUACCUAAUAAUGUUUAUAGUAUUUGUUUUGUAGUUAUAUUUUUGUUUAAAUUUUGUGACAUAAUUGAGUAUGCUUUAUGGUUCCUACUUAUUUUCAUUCUUAUUGAACCAUCUAUUAUUACAGUUACACAGUUGUACCCAUUGUACCCAGAGGACAUUGAAAAUGUGUCAAAUUAAAAUUAUGCUAAUGAUACAGUACUCUGUUAGAUUUGAACAAUUUUCAUCAUAGGUGCCACAACGGAAAGUUGGAAAAACUACUACUAAGAGAAAAACAUUAUUGUCAUAUUAAAGUUUGUUUCAUGUUGUUUUUUUUUAAGGGAAAACAAGAUUAUUUUUAAUAGUGACACAUAAAAUUCCAAUGUAACCCCAUUUUCCUAUAUAUUACUUGAUUUUAUGUUUAAAACUAGGUUUUUGAUGUUCUACACAUUUCAAGUUGCUGCUUUAAAUAAAAUAAAAUACAAUACUUGGCAGUUUAAUUUGAUUGAAUUUCAUUCUCUAAUAGGAUAGUGAGUAGUUAUGCAUUAUACAGACCACACUUUGUUUAUGUUUAUGUACAAUGUAAAAAUGAGGAAAUAAUAAGAAAAUAGCAGAUUAGUAGUGGAUUUUGUUUAAAUUAAUUUUGUUCAUUUAUUAAAUUAAUGGAGUCUGUGGUUAUGUAUGUUUGAAUGUAUUUAUUACCCUAAAGUAUUGAGUGUGAGAUCAUGAAUUCCUCCCCAUGAAGUAAGUGUGGAUGGUAUAAUGCAUAAGUACCUAAUAAUGUUUAUAGUAUUUGUUUUGUAGUUAUAUUUUUGUUUAAAUUUUGUGACAUAAUUGAGUAUGCUUUAUGGUUCCUACUUAUUUUCAUUCUUAUUGAACCAUCUAUUAUUACAGUUACACAGUUGUACCCAUUGUACCCAGAGGACAUUGAAAAUGUGUCAAAUUAAAAUUAUGCUAAUGAUACAGUACUCUGUUAGAUUUGAACAAUUUUCAUCAUAGGUGCCACAACGGAAAGUUGGAAAAACUACUACUAAGAGAAAAACAUUAUUGUCAUAUUAAAGUUUGUUUCAUGUUGUUUUUUUUUUUUUAAGGGAAAACAAGAUUAUUUUUAAUAGUGACACAUAAAAUUCCAAUGUAACCCCAUUUUCCUAUAUAUUACUUGAUUUUAUGUUUAAAACUAGGUUUUUGAUGUUCUACACAUUUCAAGUUGCUGCUUUAAAUAAAAUAAAAUACAAUACUUA